AUGUCAGAGCCAUCCUACUUCGCUAACAACUUGAAGCCCAAGCUAUCUAAUACGUGCGCUAAUUGCGUUAAACACAAGAAACGUUGCAAUGCGUGCCCUCGUUGCAUUGAACAAGGGAAAAGACCGUGUAGUCACAUCGAGCCAGGUACUUUCAAAUGUAAAAAUUGUAUGAACGGCAACGGCAAGGAAUGCUUUUUUCAGUGUGAUGAUUGCUAUAAAAAGAAUAAACACGUCGAAAGAGGUCAACCUUUCCCCAAAUGCAAUAAUUGCAAGAUUGUUACAGAAGGUCCGCCCAUCAAUUUCGAUAUCUUUAAAAAAGACGGGAAAGUAUAUCUUCGUCCUAUUGGUAGUAAAAACCAAGAAUAUGAAGUCUCUGAUGAGACUUUUGAAAAAGCCUUUGAACUAAAAUAUGGAUAUAAUCAUGGAAGAUAUAUGAGGUACUUUCUCGAUUAUGUCGCGAACUUAGAAUCUCUUGUCGUAAAUUCAUUUGGCCCAGAUUAUGUUAUGCAAGAAUUACACGAACCUGGAAAUGCAACGUACAUGACUAUCCCUUCAACUUCGCAAAUUCACGACUCUAAUCAGGCGCAACACGAAUCUGACUCGUGA